AUGGAAAAUGAUACCGACAACUCAGCCGAUUCAGCUUUAUCUAUAAAGACCUUUCGUGGAGUUCCCCCAAAUUCUUUUGAAGAGUUUCCCUCUUCAGCCAUAGAAGGUUGGACAGGAGACAGCAUUAUUGGGAAACUGAAAUGUCCUCAAGAAAGUGGUUCAACUCUCCAUGUGAAUAAUGCUACCCUGAGAUACCUGAGGAGCCCCUUAAGCACUCAGCUGAUACCCACCAUCUAUAUCCUGGUGUUUCUGGUUGGCAUGUCGGCCAACGCAGCAACCCUGUGGAUGCUCGUCUUCCAGACCCGGUCCAUCUGUAUGGCAGUCUUCUACACCAACCUGGCCAUUGCAGACUUUCUGUUUUGCAUCACACUGCCUUUUAAGAUAGCCUACCAUCUCAAUGGUAACAACUGGGUGUUUGGGGAGGCCAUGUGCCGGGUCACCACUCUCAUCUUCUAUGGAAACAUGUACUGCUCCAUUCUACUCCUCGCCUGCAUCAGUAUCAGCCGCUACCUGGCCAUUGUCCACCCUUUCACUUACCGGGGGCUGCCCAAGCGCACCUAUGCCUUGCUGACUUGUGGACUGGUGUGGGCCACCGUUUUCUUGUACAUGCUGCCAUUUUUCAUCCUGAAGCAGGAGUACUAUCUUGUGCAGCCAGGAAUCAUCACUUGCCACGAUGUCCAUAAUACAUGUGAGCCAUCAUCUCCUUUCCAAAUCUACUACUUCAUUUCCCUGGCAUUCUUUGGAUUCUUGAUUCCCUUUAUGGUCAUCAUCUUCUGCUACACAGCCAUCAUUAGGACACUUAACACCUAUGAUCAUAGAUGGUUACGGUCGGUGAAGGCGAGUCUCCUCAUCCUUGUGAUUUUUACCAUCUGCUUUGCUCCAAGCAACAUUAUCCUCAUUAUUCACCACGCUAACUACUACUACAACAACACUGACGGUUUAUAUGUUAUCUAUCUCAUAGCCUUGUGCCUGGGGAGCCUGAAUAGUUGCCUAGAUCCAUUCCUGUAUUUUCUUAUGUCAAAAAUCACAGAUCACUCCACGGCUUACCUUACAAUGGUGAAAUCAUCUUAG